UGAUAUACCUCGCCAACACUGAUCACCUGACUGCCCCUCGUCCAUCCUGGUGAAAUUAUUCCACUUGCCAUCUUUGUUAUCCUUUGAACUUUUCUACGCUGAUAAAAGUGCAUCCACGUCUCUAACAUAGUCACUAUAGUCUCUCAAACUCUCGUACAGAAUGUCGACUCGGAAUACAUUACGCUAUGAAUACACGGUCGCCUGGAUAUGCGCAUUAUCAAUCGAAUUGGCGGCUGCAACGGCCCUACUCGAUAGCGUUCAGUUCACUUCGCAAACUGGAGAUUGACAGUAAUACCUACACCCUUGGGAGUAUGAGUGGACAUAAUAUAGUAAUCGCCUGCCUGCCAUCCGCUGUCUAUGGAACGAGUUCUGCUACGUCCUUGGUGGCUUAUAUGAAGCGAACAUUUCCUCCUCUUAGAUUUGGCUUGAUAGUGGGAGUCGGAGGUGGGGUACCCUUCAGUGGAGCUGACGUUCGCCCCGGUGAUGUGGUAGUCGGUACGCCUAUUGGAAAACAGGGCGGUGUGGGGACAAAGUACUCUCCACCCACCGCAACUUAGACCUAAAUAAGAGAGGUACCUGGACAUUAUACAAAACUUACCUGGCACUCCUGGAAUGGAGGUUGGCAAAGAUGCCGACGGUCGAGUGAUUGUGGGUCUGCUGGAAAUUCGUUGUCGAAGGUCAUCAAGCUUUGGCCCUCACCGCCUUCGGAGUUGAGGAGCAUUACGUAUAUAAGGCUAUAGCGUCCCGUCCCUGAUCUUUGACUUCUUAU